AUGACGCAGACAGACGCAUGCCCAGGCCAGAGAAUGUAUGCUGAGGACACAGGCAAAUUAUUCCCGGGGAAAGGAAUCCCAAGAAUUGCAAAAGUUACAUGUAGAGAGUGUGGGCAAGGCUUUAGCCAGAAAUCGAUCCUCAUUAUACACCAGAGGACACACUCAGGGGAGAAGCCCUAUGUCUGUAGGGAGUGUGGACGAGGCUUUAGAAAGAAAUCAAUCCUCAUUAUACACCAGAGGACACACUCAGGGGAGAAACCCUAUGACUGCAAAGAGUGUGGACGCGGCUUUAGCCAUAACUUUAGUCGGAAGUCACUCCUCAUUAUACAUCAGAAGACACACUCAGGGGAGAAGCCUUAUGUCUGCAGGGAGUGUGGACGAGGCUUUACCCAGAAGUCAAAACUCAUUAGACACCAGAGGACACACUCAGGGGAGAAGCCCUUUAUCUGUAGGGAGUGUGGGCGAGGCUUUAGUCAGAAGUCAUACCUCAUUAUACACCAGAGGACACACUCAGGGGAGAAGCCCUAUGUCUGUAGGGAAUGUGGACGAGGCUUUACCGAGAAGUCCAAACUCAUUAGACACCAGAGGACACACACAGGGGAGAAGCCCUAUGUCUGCAAGGAGUGUGGACGAGGGUUUUGUCAGAAAUCAGACCUCAUUAUACACCAAAGGACACACUCAGGAGAGAAGCCCUUUGUCUGCAGGGAGUGUGGACGAGGCUUUACCCAGAAGUCAGUCCUCAGUAGACAUCAGAGGACACACUCAGGCGAGAAGCCCUGUGUCUGCAGGGAGUGUGGGCGAGGCUUUUGUCGGAAGUCACUCCUCACUAUACACCAGAGGACACACUCAGGGGAGAAGCCCUAUGUCUGUAGGGAGUGUGGACGAGGCUUUAGUCAGAAGUCAGUCCUCACUGUACACCAGAGGACACACUCAGGUGAGAAGCCCUGUGUCUGCAGGGAGUGUGGGCGAGGCUUUUGUCGGAAGUCACACCUCAUUAUACACCAGAGGACACACUCAGGGGAGAAGCCCUAUGUCUGUAGGGAUUGUGGGCGAGGCUUUAGUCAGAAGUCAGUCCUCACUGUACACCAGAGGACACACUCAGGGGAGAAGCCCUAUGUCUGCAAGGAGUGCGGGAAAGGAUUUAGCCAGAAGUCAGUCCUCAUCAGACACCAGAGGACACACUCAGGGGAGAAGCCCUAUGUCUGCAGGGAGUGUGGGCGAGGAUUUAGUGAGAAGUCAUACCUCAUUAUACACGAGAGGACACACUCAGGGGAGAAGCCCUAUGUUUGCAGGGAGUGUGGGCGAGGAUUUAGUGAGAAGUCACACCUCAUUGUACACCAGAGGACACACUCAGGGGAGAAGCCUUAUGUCUGCAAGGAGUGUGGGAGAGGAUUUAGUCAGAAGUCACACCUCAUUAGACACCAGAGGACACACUCAAGGGAGAAGCCCUAU